AGUCACAGUCCUUGUCACCGGAAAAAGGCAGGUUCCAGUCGCCGCUUCGAUGGACUGUAUGCUUGCUUCGCAAAACAAAAGACCCCUCGAAGGAGGCGAUCUGGAGGGCUGGAAUCACCGCGGUCCGUCUAAAAAGUUUUGCAGUGGCUUGGGAGCUGGCGACAAGGCUGAGUGUGCAGGGAUGGUCGACUGCUCCAUGGCAACCUUGGAGAAGCAGGGCGCCCACGGCGGGGCGGCGAUGCGGUUUGACAGCGGCCCGAACGCGGGGUACACCCUUCAGGCUGGAAGCUCUGGACAGUGCCUUCGGUGCAUGGCAGGAGAGUCGGGUCACAUUAACCACAUCUUGGGAUACUGAUCACUUUGGGAGUUUAGUUUCUUCCAAGAACUAAACGUCAAGGAAAGCAGAGGAUCUACAGGAGAUUUUUUUUUUGUUAUUACGAGGAUAUUAAAACGUCUGCCUCAGCACUCCACCCUUCGUGCCUUGGGUAGCGUUUAGCCAAGAACUGUGUCGCUCUGAAAUCUACACUGUGUUUUACGAUAAAAUGUGCCACCUUUUAACAAAGGGCUACUUAGGAAUGACAAUUACACAGAGGGUUAGAUCCUACAAGAGGGGUCUGGGUUUGUGCUAAUUGGUUUAGCUAGAUGAUACAAUAUAAGCGUAGUGGAGAACGGCAGCUUUAAUUGUCUCCAUUUUUGGAGGCAGACUUUUAAAAUGUAGCCAGUUAAAAAUGUAGCUGCUUUAGUUUUAGAGACUUUUUUAUCUCUAAAUAUCAUCAUAAUAUGUGCAUAUAAGGUAUGGAAGUAAUGAUUGGACCGUUUCAUAUGAAUAACUUAGUAUGUUAAAAUAUCAGAAUACUGAAUAUUGUGGAAUUAAUAUAUGGUCAUUCUAAUAAAUGAAAGGUGAGCUGUUUGAAUUUAUAAAUCUUCAUUCCAAUUCCCGGUUCUUAAGCGUUUAUAGUAUUAUUUGCCCUUUCCAGUCCAAGAGAACGCUUUGAAACUGGCUGAUUCUUCAUAUUUGCCAUUAUUUGGAAAUCGGAUCAAACACUAUUGGGAAUGUUAACCCAAUGUAAACUGGGAAACAUAAUUUUUUGAUUAGAACUGAAGAAGUGUGUGGCCAAUAUACAGGUUUCUAAGUUGAAUUUUAUAAUUUAUAAUUAUAAUUUUAUAUAGGUGAGUUCCUACAAUCUUCUGCCACUUGUAAGUGAAGCUUUUAAUUAGUGUCAGAUUUGUAAACUUUUUUUUGUUUUUAUGUCACUAAUGGAGUAAAUAAAAUAACAUGCACUAGA